AUGGGAAAGAAGGCUAGUGCAGAGACCCAGAAAAAAAAAAAACACAACGAGAUCGAGCAGUAUGAGGCAAGGACAUUCAACAGAGAAAUCAGCAACAAAAUUAAGAGGAAAAGUUUCAACCUACCAAGAGUUAAAAGAAAUGGAAUAAUCACAUAUGACGAUGAGGAUGAUGAUGGUGAUUACGAUGGGGCGGGAACAGGAGCAGCAGCAGCAGCAGGAGGACGGCGAAGUGGUCUCCAUAGCGGUAACCCCCGCGAGGAAGAGAAUACAAAGAAGAGUAAAAAAUUCCGAAAGGGACAGCUGAAGCUGAGGAAAAUGCUAGAAAAAAUAAAGCACAAGAAAAAGAAAAUUAAAAGUCCGCUGGAGGAAGAAAUGAUCAAAAUUGAAAACAAAAUGAAACACUGCCAUGAUAUCAGAAAUGAAGUGGCUGCCAUUUCGAAUAGCAUCAUUGCGAAUCAGGACGUGCACAUUGAGAAGUUCGGCUGUCUCUUCUUCAUCUUUAGGGAGAGCUUGACGAAAGGGAGGGAGCUCCAAAGGAGGGCCACGAAACCAGACAGAGUCACCAAACCGAACACCGACGAAUCAGAGAAGAAAGUCAGGUACUACCAAAUGGCCAACGCUCUAAGCUGCAUAUCGAUAUGCACAGUACUCAAGUGCGUAACUCCGUCAUACAAAAUUAUCGGGGAUGAAAUCAUCCCAGGGAGAAAAAAAAGUACCAGCCAAGGCAACGGAGAAGGUGCCUCUUCAAAAGGCGAAACAAACCAGCGUGUUAACUCCAAUGCAGUGAGAGGCGCCCCGAAGAACCUCUCGAAGCUGAUGCUAAGUGUAAACAAGAUAGAGCAAGAAAUAGUACACUACUUUAAGCAGUUCUGCAGUAUCCUAAAAGAAAACAUUCGCCACAAUGUAACUCUCUUUGUGAAUCUGCUAUGCGAAAUAGUUACGGUCAAUUUGCACCUCUCCAGAAGUGAAAGACUUUUUGAGUACCUCACGUUGUAUGCCAAUAUACAGACGUACUCGAAGAAGAAACACAACGCCGUGGCGGCGAGGAGAGGGGAACCCACCAAAAAAGGGAAGACCAAUGUGCACCUCCUCUGUAUGAAGUGUCUCAACACGAUUAAAGAAAUUAUAGACAAUGACUCCAACUUAUCCUUUACCAUAACAUUAGUGGAUUAUUUUACCAACUGCCUUUUUAAGAAGGAACAAAAUGUGAGUCCAAAUCUGUUGAGGAUUUUUUCUCAGAUCAGCAUCACUGAGAAGAAGAUCAGCGCGAAAUUAUUUUCUGGCGAGGACAUAAGCGAUGGUGGGUUGGCAGAACGGAAGGAUGAUGCACUCAGGACGAAGACGAACGUUUGUGGAGAGUUAAAGAUUAUCGAGAAAAACACGGAAAGGAUACUGGACCAGCUCUUUUUAGUUUAUUUGUGUGUGUUAAGGAAUCACAAGAAGCACUCCGUCGCCUUGGUGAAGAACGUCCUUCAGGGUAUAGCUCAUUAUGCGCUUUACGUGAAUAAGCUCCUGAUGGAUGACGUGUUUGCAGAGGUGAAGGCGCUGGCCUUGGGGGGGGAAGCAAUUUCAGGCGGGGUUGUCCCCGUUGGAAGUGUUGUCCCUGUUAGAAGUGCUGUCACUGCUGACCUCGCUGACCGCUCUGACGACGCGGUACCGCCGCCCCUGAGACUGACCUCCGCGCGCAUUUUUCUCGAAAUGAUAAACAAAGUGACGGACGACAGCUUUUACAUCGACUGCUCUUGGGUGGCAAAUACGCUGCUGUUUCUCCUGGACCUAUCCCUCCCCUAUUUCCACCUGGGCUCAGCCCACUUCCUCUUCGGGGAUCAAAAUUUCCUGUACAGCAGCUUCGCCGAUUUUGGGAAGUGCAACCAGAGUGAUCCCCACUCAGGGGGAAGACAAAACGGUACAGACAUCCACAACACAGGAGGGAGUAACAGUAGAGGGGCCGCCCAGCCAGGGGAAGUACAAAUGGGAUCCAACCACACAACUGAGAAACAUAACUUCUGCGGAGAGCUGCUGUACUGCAUUGAGUUGCUCCUAAAAACAAGAAGCUUUACGGGUACCUAUAACACAUUCAAGUCAAACAACAAUCAGCUGCUAGCCCGCAUCGUCUUCAAAUUGCACAACGUUGCGGUGCACUCAGACUAUAUAAUAUCCUUUUGUAUUCUAAGCCUUAUCCAGAACAUUUUGGAAAAGUACCCACUCGUCAAAUCUAUUGUAGAGAAGGACGGAAUUGUGAUCUCAUCUUUGAAUGAUAAUUUGUCAAUUUUUUUUUCUAACUUGCUGUUUCAUUCGUCAUUUUCUGAGGACGUAUCCUCCUUAGCGUUGCACAUCUCUAUGUAUGACUCGGACGAGAGUAGGAAGGGCAUCUUUAGUAGCUACAUAAAUCAGCACCUGCGGGGGAAGGACCCAAAUAAAAUGAUCCAUUUUAACCUCUCCUUGAGUGAACCCAGAAUUGUCGACGCGGACACAUUUAUGAAGUACUCCCCGGAUGAAUGGGGUAGUGAAUUUACCCGAAGUAGCCUUAAAAAGUUGCCUCCCGCCCUCCGUGAUGUGACAACUGAUAUAAGUUUUAAGAAGGCAUCUUUUGGGAAACCUCGCCUUGAGAAGGCUGCCCUCAAAUUCACCGCCACAAAUGGGAACCUAUCCGUUAAGCACGUCCCGUCACAUAUGCUCACCGCGAUGGAUUUUGUCGAAAUUGUUUUUUCCCCAUACGAGGAGUUUAUGAGAUAUUUUGAAAAGGACUGCGACAGGGCGGAAGACGACCCCCCGGAUCCAAGUGUCCACCGCGGGAACGGUCAAGUGGGGAGAAGAACCACAGGGGCGGUCAUCAAACAGCAGGGCAAGGUAAAUCCAAGGGCCAUUCGAAAGGGGUGGAAGAAGCGUCACGCGCAGAAGAGCGGCAACAAGGCAGGCUGA